AUGCUAUGGGUGGUGAACGCGAGGUCAUGUAAUUUUUGGUUUGACAACUGGCUGGGAAGUGGAGCUCUAUGUUUGAAAGCUAUGGUGAACCCGAUCCUCUCCUUCAAGGAUUUCCUCACUAAUGGGGACUGGAACGGUGCUAUGCUGAGGCAAUAUAUACCGCAAGAAUGCAUCCCUCUAAUUCUACAACACCCGGUCCCAAAUGGAGAUUGCCGAGAUGAGGUGGUAUGGAGCCAGACGGCUUUGGGAAAAUUCACGUUGGCAUCGGCAUUUCAGGAGGUCCGUCAGGCUUGGAAUUACCCCGUCUUACACUCUCAGGUAUGGCAUCCUCGGAUUCCGUUGAAAGUUCUAUUCUUCAUGAUGCGUUUAUUGUUGGAAAAAUUGCCUUUAACUGAUGCCUUGCGGAGGGUUGGAGUCCAAUUGGCUUCAAAGUGCUUGUGUUGCCAGGAGGGCGCGAUUGAGACACUGGAGCAUGUGUUCGUGGAGGGUCAGGUUGCAAAGGGUGUCUGGAGUUAUUUUGGUAGGAUUUGUGGGGUAACACAACUUGGCUCGUCACUAUGGCCAUGGCUAACGGCUUGGUGGCCGUUCUCUCCUCGGCAUAUGGUAAGAAGGUUCCUCUUCUCGGUUCUUCCCAGUUUUAUAUGUUGGCAUAUUUGGAAGGCUCGGAACGUUGCAUACUACGAAGGAAGGCAGAUGCCAGUGGAGAGGAUUUGUCAUGCCAUUUUUUUAGAUGUGAUAGGGGUGGUUGAGAUUCAGUUUAACCAGAGGCUUGGGGUGCACACAUUUCUUCAGCUAUAUGAGUGGACAACUCAACAACCAUCGGUUUAUAGUUUUCACCUGGUGUGGUGGAAGGCGAAAGAGGCGGGAUUGCUAACACUAAAUAUGAAUGGAUGCUCCAAGGGAAAUCCAGGAGUGAGUGGUGGUGGAGGAAUACUUCGUGACUCAUCAGAAUUACCAUUAUUUGCGUUCUCAGCUUACUUUGGGAAACUUUCGAGUUUGCGUGAAGAGGGAUUGGCCUUGGCAAUGGGGCUUCGUUUCAAUGCCUUAGUGAGAACAUCCAGAGAAAUGGGAGGAUUUGAUCCAAAGACUGCAUUUGCAAUAGUAUUGAUUCACGGAUUUUGGCUGCUGAAACCAGCAAAGGCAACAGCAUUCAUCUUCCCAACAUUAAAUUGGAAGUGA